ACUUAAAACUUUUGAGAAUUUUAGCCCCUAUUAUUGCCAAUAAAUAAGAAGAAAGAAAAACCGAAGCAGCUUUUGAUUCUUGGCUGUGGGGGGUUAUGUUCGAUGUUCGGCCUUAUAAGAAAACCUCAGUAGCCCAAAUUGAAUGUUCGUAGGCCCAAGUUUUGGCCCAUGCUUCGAACUGCUGUGCCUAUCAUCUGCUGAAAAGUGUCACUCCAGCGUGAAUCAACAUAUCCAACCAGAAAUCAUCUGCCCUUUUGCACGGGUCUACAAUGGCGAAUGUGGCCUUAUACGUACAACAAUAUUGCACAUAGAACAGACCGUCGAUUUAAAACAAGUUUCACUUUGGCUGAAAUCCACUAGGGACUUGCGCUUCGUGUCCAUCGCCGGCCUGCCAUUUCUUUCUCUAUUUCUCCACGGGCCAGCUAUUGAUCCAAUCGUCCUCCGAAAGUUCAACGAGCUCGACUUCCAAUUUCGUUCACAAAUCGAUUUGAUUACUUCGGAUAUGGCUUUAGCAGUGCUUUCUCUUACUUCUGCCGCUCCCUCUGCUUCCAUAUCUACCAAUGACACUCUCAAGCAGGCGAAGGUGAAGCUUGGAAGUGGCAGUCUGAGCUCCUGCUUUCCCAACACGAAGUCUUUUGGACGGAUAUCUAUGACCGUUGCAGUCAAUGUUUCUCGCUUUGAGGGUAUUACAAUGGCUCCUCCUGAUCCAAUUCUUGGGGUUUCAGAAGCUUUUAAGGCAGACAAUGAUGAAAUGAAGCUCAACCUCGGAGUUGGGGCCUACCGGACUGAAGAACUUCAACCAUAUGUGCUCAAUGUUGUGAAGAAGGCAGAGAAGCUUAUGCUGGAGAAGGGAGAGAACAAAGAGUAUCUCCCAAUUGAAGGUCUAGCAGCAUUUAAUAAGGUUACAGCAGAAUUAUUAUUUGGAGCUGAUGGCCCUGUGAUUAAGCAACAAAAAGUUGCAACAGUUCAGGGUCUUUCAGGAACUGGUUCCCUUCGGCUAGCCGCAGCUCUUAUUGAGCGGUAUUUUCCUGGAGCAAAAGUUCUGAUAUCAUCUCCAUCAUGGGGUAACCACAAGAAUAUCUUUAAUGAUGCUAGAGUUCCAUGGUCUGAGUACCAAUACUAUGAUCCAAAAACUGUUGGUUUGGAUUUUGAAGGGAUGAUUGCUGACAUAAAGGCAGCACCUGAAGGAUCUUUUAUCCUACUUCAUGGCUGUGCCCACAACCCUACCGGUAUUGAUCCAACACCUGAACAGUGGGAAAAAAUUGCCGAUGUCAUUCAAGAGAAGAAUCAUAUUCCAUUUUUUGAUGUUGCAUACCAGGGAUUUGCUAGUGGAAGUCUUGAUGCUGACGCAUCAUCUGUGAGGUUAUUUGCUGAACGUGGUAUGGAGCUUCUGGUUGCUCAGUCAUACAGCAAAAAUCUGGGUCUUUAUGCGGAAAGGAUUGGAGCAAUCAAUGUUGUAUGCUCUUCAGCAGAUACUGCAGCCAGGGUUAAAAGCCAACUGAAAAGGCUUGCUCGUCCAAUGUACUCCAAUCCUCCUAUUCAUGGGGCCAGAAUUGUUGCCAAUGUUGUUGGAGAUCCUACUCUAUUCAAUGAAUGGAAGGAGGAGAUGGAGAUGAUGGCCGGAAGGAUAAAGAACGUGAGACAGAAACUAUAUGAUAGCCUCACUGCAAAGGAUAAUAGUGGAAAGGAUUGGUCCUUUAUACUUGAGCAGAUUGGCAUGUUCUCAUUCACAGGCUUGAGCAAAUCUCAGAGCGAUAACAUGACAAACAAGUGGCAUGUCUACAUGACUAAGGAUGGAAGGAUUUCGUUGGCUGGAUUAUCUUUGGCCAAAUGUGAAUACCUUGCAGAUGCCAUCAUUGAUUCAUAUCACAAUGUUAGUUGAAUGCUUCAGGAUCAGGUAGUCGGGUGAGUUGAUACUUGAUUGUUGCCACUACAUAUAUAUCUUCUGACAGACAAUAACCCCUGUAGUCGUGGAGUUUUGACCGAGGCAAAAGGUAAAGUACCCUUGAAUAAAAGAUGCGGGAUUGUUCUUCCUUUUGUUUUCUUAUAUUUUGUUUGCAUGGAUAAUGUACAUGGAAGUUGCAUAUGGUUAGAUGUGCAACCCAGACUUGGACAGGACACCAAGAUGGGGCUAAAUCGCGUUUCAUUCUUUUAAUCCCAAUCCCAUACUGCCCUUCUC